AUGUCGGACACUUAUGCUGAAAUUACACCACAGAAAAGCACGUGUCCUUUGGGCUUAAAAUCGACAACAAGGAGGAGGUUCUCUCGUGGUGUGGAGAGGUUCUCUCGUGGUAUCGGCUGCUUCAACGGAGCAACCGAUAUUGACUUUUUUGAUGGUCGACAGACCUCUGAAGAUUAUCAAAAUGUCCUCAAAAGCAAUCUACUUCCAAUUGGAAAUAUUCUAGGAGAGAAAAACUGGAAAUUCCAACAGGAUAAUGCGUCGAUUCACACCUCGCACUCAACAACAGCUUGGUUUACUCAAAAUCAAGUGACUGUUAUAGCCUGGCCAGCUAUUAGCCCAUACCUGAAUCCCAUGGAAAUUCUUUGGGGAAUACUUGCACGGGAUGUGUAUGCUCAUGGUCGUCAGUUCUCGACUAUUCAGGAAUUAAAGCAACAAGUGGAGAAGAAUUCUAAAAACAUCGAAGAAGUAAAACAAUUGGGUAUAUUUGUUAGUGAUAUUUGCUUAGAUGAAAAUCUUUGUUUGUAUGAAAACGAUCCCAAGGAGAUUCACAUAUUAUUAGGGGCAGAUACGGCAGCCAGAUUAUUUACAGGAGAAAUUAAAAAACUUUCGCCUGAUCUAAUUGCGAUGAACACCAAGUUAGGGUGGACAGUUAUUGGAAGAUCAGGAAUUAAUAAAAAUGAUAGUUCCAGCACGCUAAUGUCGCUACUUGUCAACGACGUAAAUAUAUCCGAUCUUUGGAGGCUUGAUACAUUGAAUAUCAAUGACCCUGCGGAAACUCAAAGUAGAAAAGAACUAGAAGAAGCGGCUAAGGAACAUUUUGAACGCAGUGUAACACGAGAUAACGAGGGGCGCUACAUUGUCAGUCUACCGUGGAUACAUGAUCAUCCACCUCUUCCUGAUGGCAGAAAGUUAGCUGAACGAAGACUUAACAGUUGUAUUAAAGCCUUAGAACGUGUCGAGAAGCUGGCCGAUUAUGAUGAUGUUUUUCAGGAUUGGCAGAAUGAGGGUAUCAUUGAAGAAGUUGAUCCUAUGCAAGAAAUCAAAGAAGGACAGCAUUUCUUACCUCACCAUCCUGUCUUCAAGGAGAAUUCGACGACCAAAGUUCGACCCGUUUUUGAUGGUUCAGCUAAAGAAAAGAAUACACCUUCUAUUAAUGACUGCCUCGAAAAGGGACCAAAUCUUGUAGAACUCAUUCCAUCUCUCAUAAAUCGCUUUCGUGUUGAAAAAUAUGGAGUGAUAUCUGACAUUAAGAAGGCCUUUCUGCAAAUUGGAUUACAAGAACGAGAUAGACCAUAUCUCAGAUUUUUAUGGAAGGAUAGAAGAAAAGACGGAAAUAUCAAGAUCCUGCAGCACAAAAGAGUUGUGUUCGGAAUCUCCUCCAGUCCUUUCCUUCUAGGAGCUACAUUAGAACUUCAUUUAAAAAACGCCCCAGAUCAUCUCAAGGAAACAGCCCAGCAACUUAUGAGGUCCUUCUACGUUGAUAAUUGUGUUUUCAGCGUCAACAGAAGAGAAGAACUCGCUAGAUUUAUUUCGGAAUCACAAGCACUAUUAUCUACUGCCAAGUUUGAACUUCGAGGGUGGGAGCAUUCUCCUACUGAAGACAAAACUGAAGAAAGGCAAGAAGACCGAAAGGUUCCAGUUCUUGGGCUUCUGUGGAAUUUACCAAAGGACACUAUAUCUCUAGAUUUGAAAAGUUUGAUGAAAGAAGAUAAAGGACCUAUUACAAAAAGAAAAAUCCUGUCAACCGUUCAUCGAAUCUUUGAUCCGAUAGGAUUUUCUUGUCCAGUGACUCUAGAGCCCAAAUCUUUGUUGCAGGAAUGCUGGAAAUUGGGUCUGUCCUGGGAUGCUGAACUCCCUCUGCUGAUAACUGAAAGAUUCGAACGCUGGAAGAUGAAGUUACCGAAAUUGAAUGAUCUUGAAAUACCAAGAUGUGUACGUGAGGACUUUGCAGAAGAUUCCAAAUUUUCCAUCCAUGUUUUUUGUGACGCAAGUCAGAGUGCCUACGCUACAUGUAUCUUCUUGAGAGCUGAAUCUGCUGAUAGCACGUCGUGCCAGUUAAUACAAGCUAGAAAUAGAGUUGCUCCUUUGAAAAAGAUCUCUAUUCCACGCCUAGAACUUUUGUCCUGUACUAUUGGUGCUAGAUUGGCAAAAGCAACCAUAUCCGAACUUGGACUUGAGAACAUACCAAUCUUCUACUGGUCUGACUCUAUGAAUGCUUUGUAUUGGAUCAAAAGAAAUGAGAAUUGGGCCACGUUUGUUUACAACAGGGUACUGGAAAUCCGUAAACUCACCAAUCCUGAAGACUGGAGGCACAUAAGUGGAACAUUAAACCCAGCUGACCUUCCAUCACGAGGUUCCAAUGCAGAGGAACUUGUGAAAUCUCUUUGGUGGAAGGGUCCAAAUUGGCUGAGAAUGCCUAUAGAAGAUUGGCCUGUUUCGGAAACUAUGCCAGAUUUCGACGUUGUAAACUCCGAAAAAAGAAAAUCUAUUGUGUCUGUCACUAACACCACGACAGAGCAAUUAGAGUACUUUUCUAAGAGUGAUUCUCCAUCCACAAUGAUGAUUCCUGAUGGUACACCUACCUCUAGUGACUCUCAUGCUGUUUCAGAUGUGAGACAACCAAGAAGAUCCCGUUAUGGCCGGCUUUUAAAGCCCAAUGCUCUCCUAGACUCAUUGGUUUGA